GCAGGGAGCGUGCGCUUUUUGUGAGGUUUGUCUACUGAACUUGAGGCACAUCGUGAAUAUUUCUAGUUCUUCCGAGUUUAGCCAGUGUAAACUGUUGUGGAAAGCCUUUUAUAGUAGUUCUAGCUCGUGCACAAAUUCAUUGUCGGAGAUCUCUUCCAUAGCUCACACAUGCAGCCACCUGAUGGACGCACUAUGGCAAAUGGAGUGGAUUGAAAGAAGGUAAGCUUUCCGAAGAGACCUAGUGAGAUGCAUCACAUGGAGAUGAGCUGAACUACUAGAUCCACCCACAGUCUAAUCUAUCAGGAUUUCAGCUGGCACUAAAUCGUUUCUCAAAGGAUGGUAUGAGCAUCUCACAUCAUCAUUGCUCAUAUGCAGUGCAUCUGGUGUACAUGCAGCCAAAGGAUAAUGGAAGACGAGGAAGUUUCUUACAGAUGCUUUCCCACCACCGUUAAAUGUAAGAUGUGGAUACUUUAUUACCAGUCCUGUCCAGCAGUAGUCACAUAAUGGCAUGUAGAGGCGCGUGCUGCUGUGGCUGUGGUCCUGUGAAUGAAGAUAAUGCGAGGUUCAUUAUGUUGCUGCUCCUCAUCAUCCUCUACCUCCUGUGCGGAGCCGCGGUCUUUUCAGCCCUGGAGCAUCCCAAGGAGAGACAGGCGAAGGAAAAGUGGGCUCAGAGGUUUGAGCUUUUCAGCCAAAAGUACAAUCUCAACAGAAGUGAUCUGGAGAAGUUCUUGAGACAUUAUGAAGAGGCGAACAUCGCAGGAAUACGGGUGGACACCCUCAGACCGCGCUGGGAUUUUACCGGAGCCUUUUACUUUGUCGGUACUGUCGUGUCCACCAUCGGGUUUGGAAUGACCACACCAGCCACAGUCGGUGGCAAAAUCUUCCUGAUCUUUUAUGGCCUCAUUGGCUGUGCAGCCACUAUUUUAUUUUUUAAUCUGUUUUUGGAGAGAAUGAUAACGGUCUUGGCUUUUGUCCUCAAAUCCUGCCAUGAAAUCCAACGGCGACGCAAAGGAGUUUUACCUCACGACAGCAGACAAGACUCAAGAAAUGCAAGGCUAAACAGUAAAGACAGUCUUGCAGGAUGGAAGCCCUCGGUGUACUGUGUGAUGCUGAUCCUUUGUGUGGCAGCAAUAAUCAUUUCUUGUUGUGCUUCGGCCAUGUACUCCUCGAUCGAGGGAUGGGAAUACUUAGACUCACUCUACUUCUGCUUCGUGGCAUUUAGCACCAUUGGUUUCGGGGAUAUGGUCAGCAGCCAGCGGGCCAGUUACGAGAACCAAACCGUCUACAGAAUUGGCAAUUUCUUCUUUAUUUUAAUGGGCGUUUGCUGCAUUUACUCGCUAUUCAAUGUCAUCUCCAUUGUUAUCAAGCAGGUGCUCAACUGGCUCCUGAAAAGGCUCAAGAUCCCAUGCCUUCACUGCCCUGGGAGGUCUCUCCGGCCCCGUAGGAACGCAGUCAUGCCGGCCCAUGUCCGAACACGUGUUCGCAACAUAUCCAUAGACACUGAUGCAGUGAACGACAGUGAGACGGAUGGACGCAGGAUGUCUGGAGAGAUGAUCUCCAUGAGAGACUUCCUGGUGGCUAAUAAGGUCAACUUGGCGAUCAUGCAGAAACAACUCUCGGAGACUGCCAACGGCCAUCCCAGGCCAUGCGGGUCAACAAAUAGACACAAUGGAUUUUCUGGUGGGGUCGGAGCCCUGGGCAUAAUGAAUAAUAGGCUUGCAGAAACCAGUGUGGACAGAUAAAUAUAACCCUUCCAAAUAAAAUAACACAAUGGCUUUAUGAAAAGCCAGAAUGCACUGCCCAAAGUUUAGUAAAUAUUACUUUUAUAAUACAGAUGUAGGCUCGUAAACACAGUCUGUUAUGUGAGUUGAAUGCUGUAUAGUUGAAAUAUCCAUUGCUGGCUUAAAGGUAAAGAGAAUGGAGCUCAGGUCUGUUUCUAAGAUUGAUGUGCUGGGAGAGACUUUUGACUCAAACUCUCUCAUGAUUGUAGGGUUUUUAUUUUUUCUCUAGGAUGUUGCAAUCAGCAAGAGCACUUUGUAUGACAAAAAUAAAUAAAUAAGCACA